AUGGUGAAGGAAACAAAAGGCAAAUUCAGUGCACCAGAUAAUAAAAGGAUGGUCAUUUUAAUAGACAACAUGAAUAUUGUAGAUCCUGAACCACUUGGUGCACAGCCUCCUCUGGAACUUUUGAGAUAUUUCCUGGAGUAUGAAUUCUGGUAUGACUAUCAAGAUUCAAGCAAAAUUACUUUAAAUGAUGUUAUGUUUGUAGCUGCACAACAAAAUGAUGGAGCCAACAAACACAAGAUAUCUUCUCGUGUGCUACAUCAUUUCAAUGUACUUUCAAUUAACACUUUUAAUGAAAACACACUGUCCAGAAUAUUCUCAAAUAUUCUUCUCAUUGCUCUCAAGCAAAAUGGUUUUACACAAGAAGUGUGGCCUACUGUGCAGAACAUGAUUGCAGCUACCAUUGAUAUAUGGCAAACAGCAAAAUCGUGUCUCUUUGCUACUCCCAAAACACCCCAUUACAUAUUUGAUAUGAUGGACAUCUCAAAACUCAUGUAUGGUUGUUCUAUGGUAAAAAGGCCUCCUACAGCUGAAAGGAAUACAUUUUAUGGAAAACUGUGGAUGCAUGAAGCAUUAAGAGUUUUCUAUGAUAGACUUUCAAAUGGUUUGGACAGAGAGACCAUAUUUGCAAAAAUAUGCAGUGCUAUAACUCAGUACUUUCCUGAACCACCUGAAAUAUUCCUCAAUCAUCUCUCAUCAUUUGAUGGAAUGGUAACUGAAGACCUAGUAAAAGGGCUGUCAUUUGGAAAGUAUUUUAAUAUGCAAGAUGAUGAAGUUUCUCAGUGGUAUGAGGAAAUUUUAAACUUUGAUGAUAUCCAAACAACUGCUGAAAGAGUGAUUGAGAAAUAUAAUGAAGAGCAUGAAAUAAAAAUGGAUAUAGUCUUAUUCAGGUCUGCAUUAGAACAUCUCAUCCACCUGUGCCGGAUUAUGGUUACUCCAUGCAGUAACUGUCUUCUUAUUGGAGUUGGAGGCACAUCUCGUCAGACCUUAGUACGUCUUGGUGCUGUCAUAGUUGGAAAUAUUUGUUUUCAGCCAACCAUCUCGAAAGACUAUGGCCUUGAAGAGUGGAGAUCUGACUUGAAACACUGUUUGGUUGAAAGUGGUGGGCACAAUAAAGAAGUAACCCUUAUGUUCAGUGAUUAUCAGAUAAAAUAUGAAGACUUUCUAGAAGACUUAAACUGUCUUGUCAGCACAGGAGAAGUUCCCAAUAUGUUUACAAGAAUUGAAAAACAAGAGAUUUUAGAUAUGGUACGCAGUGCAGCACAAGGAGGUAUAAGCAGUGUUGAGAUCAGUUUGGUUGAAGCUUUCCAGUUUUUUAUCAGCCGAUGCAAACUGAAACUGCAUGUUAUAUUGUCUUUUAAUCACACAUUCAGUGAAUAUCGUAGGCGUCUACACUCAUAUACUAACCUAGUAACUUGUUGUGACUGCAUAUGGUUUGAGCAUUUCCAUACUCAGCUUGGCUCCAUAAACAGUUUAAUGUGUGGUGAUUAA